UGAACACUAGCACUAGACUGGACUGUUACGAGCUAGACCUUUCCUGAAUAAGAUGUUACCCGGUCGAACAGGCUCGGGAAAGGUCGAGGUUUCCGUAUAAAUAACACUUGGAGAUCAAGUCGAGCUCGCUACUCUCUCUCGCCUCCUUGAUCUAGCCGAACCUGAUCGACCAGGUCCGAGGUUGAAACGACGAUCGGCGACGAUCAAACAGGGCAUAUCGAUCAUCCGAUCAUCAUAGUCAUCGCUGUCAUCAUAGUCAUCUCCAUCAUCAUCAUCGCACACUACCUCUUUCCUCACUCAACAUGGACGACAUCCUCGACGUCGCCAUCAUCGGCGCAGGCAUCUCGGGCAUCAACACCGCCUACCGGGUCUCCCAAGCCUCCCCCUCGUACCGCUACACCAUCUUCGAAGGCCGCUCCCAAAUCGGAGGCACCUGGUCGUUCUUCAAAUAUCCCGGCUUGCGGUCCGACUCUGACCUCUUCUCCUUCGGGUUCGAAUGGAACCCCUGGGAAUCGGACAAGGUCAUCGCCGGCGCACCGCAGAUCAUGGAGUACCUGCACCGGUCGAUCAUGUCGUUUGGCGGGUCCGAGAGGUUGAGGAUGGGGCACAAGCUCGUCGGCUUGGAUUGGUCUACGAAGGAUCAACUAUGGACGCUCAAAUUCAGGGUCAGGGGCGGGGCUGGUCAGGGGGGAGAGAAGGACGGGGACAACGAGGACGACAAGGACGAUAGUUACCGGGAGAUCAAACAGCUAGCUCGAUGGGUCGUCCUAGGUACCGGGUACUACGACUACGAAAAAGCUUUACCCGCCAUCAUCCCCGGCCUAGACUCCUUCAAGGGCCAAAUCAUCCACCCUCAAUUCUGGCCGACCUCAUCCUCUGGCGAAGAACUCGACUUGGCAGGAAAACGAGUGGCCAUCAUCGGAAGCGGUGCGACGGCCAUCACCAUCCUCCCUGUCAUCGCCCAAAAGACCUCCUCUGUCACGCUCGUCCAACGUAGCCCGACCUUCUUAGCUAGCGUCCCCAGCCGAGAUACAUCUGCCGACUUGCUCAAACGGUACCUCCCUACCAGCUGGGCGAACAGGCUGUUGAGGAUCAAAUACCUGCUGGUCAGUUACCUCUUCUUCACCUUCUGCCAGACCUUUCCCAAAGCCGCCCGAAAGCUGCUCUACAAGGGUGCCAGGAAACAACUCCCUGCGAGCAUCGGCGUCGAGCCUCAUUUCGCCCCACGUUAUGAUCCCUGGGACCAACGUCUCUGCGCAUGUCCCGAUGGAGACUUUUUCACCGCCCUCCGGGAAGGGAAAGCGAGCAUCGUCACCGGGCACAUCGAACGUGUCACCGGAUCCUCCAUCCUCAUGCAAGGUCAAUCCACCGAGUCUCCAAAGUCAAACUCAAACAGCCUCUCCGACCUGGACGUGAUCAUCACCGCUACGGGUCUCAAGAUCCUCAUCGGAGGCGGCGCCCCAGUAUCCAUCGACGGCACCCGGAUCGACUUGCCUUCAAAGACCCUCUGGAAGGGAUGCAUGAUCUCCGACGUGCCCAACUUGGUAGCCGUCAUCGGGUAUACGAACGCCAGUUGGACCCUCGGUGCGGACGUCGCUGCCAAGACGCUCACCCGGCUCAUGUCCCAGCUCGACGAACAAGGUCAGAGGUCCGCUACUCCCGUGGUCCCCUUAGAAGAUAACAACGGGGUUACCAUGAACCGGGUAUCGUUCAUGAAGAUGCAAUCCACCUACCUUACCAAAGGACGAGGAGACAUGCCCAGCGCUGGGGACAAGUAUCCUUGGUUACCUAGAGGAAACUAUUUCUCUGACAUGUGGGAUGCGACGUAUGGGAACGUCAUGCAGGAUAUCAAAUGUUCCCGAUAAGAUGGCAAGGCGGGCGACCUUGCGGAAGAUCACAGACUCGGCCUCCAGAUGUAGCAAAUCUCUUCUCGUUUCCAGACUUUUGUAAAAGCGAUCUCAACGCUGAAGCAACCAUGAACACGACACCCCAUUUACAAUCCUCAAGCUGGACUAUCUAGAUCCAGGUGGAUCGCUACAUCGCUGA